GAUGUGGCGCGCGAGUGUGUUGUUUUGUGUCGUGCUGGCGUGCGCGAGCGCGUGCAAGAGUCAUGCGGAGAAGAAACAUGGAGAGCACGGCCCGUCCGAUGAGGGUCCCCUCGUCAGGUCGCCCUCGGGCCAGUUCCGAGGGUCAUGGAUGACGUCACGGCGAGGAAGACAGUUCGAGGCGUACCGGGGCAUCAAGUAUGCUGAGCCGCCUGUGGGGAAACUCAGGUUCCAGCCUCCCAAGCCCAUCCUAUCUUACAAGGGCGAAGUGAACGCGAGCGACGACGGCCCGGCGUGUCCGCUCAUCGCACCCGAUGACUACUACGUCGAUGAAGACUGCCUUACCAUCAACGUCUACACCCCUAGGAGCCAUAGAUCCAAGCCGCUACCAGUGGUGUUCUUCAUCCACCCGGGCGGCUUCUACUCGAUGACGGGGCGCAGCGACGUGGCUGGCCCGCACUAUCUGCUGGACAAAGACCUGGUGCUCGUCACCAUCAACUACAGGCUGGGCUCGCUUGGUUUUCUCAGCACUGGCGAUGAGUUAGCGCCCGGCAACAACGGCUUCAAAGACCAGGUGGUUGCCCUGAAGUGGGUGCGGAGGAACAUCAGAGGUUUCGGCGGGGACCCCAACUUGGUCACCAUCACGGGCGUCAGCGCGGGUUCUAUUAGUGUUCUGCUGCACAUGAUCUCGCCUAUGUCCAAAGGUCUCUUCCACCGAGGUAUCUCCAUAAGCGGCUCUCCCAUCGGCAAGGAGCCGCUGUUCCACCACCAAUUUGACCUGGCUGUAAAGCAGGCUCAGAUCCUCAACUGUCCCUACGACAACUCCUCCGUCAUCAUCGACUGCCUCAAGACCAAGAGCUAUAGAGAGCUGGGCAACUCGCUGUUUGGAUUUUAUCAAUUCGGCUGGGACCCAGUCGGCAUCUGGCAGCCGGUAGUGGAGCUGGACUUCGGUCAGGAGCGGUUCUUAGCCAUCCAGCCAGCGGAUGCUAUCCGUGAGGGGAAAAUGCACGCCGUCCCGCACAUCAUCAGCCAGACUACCGAUGAGUUCUUCUGGAAUGCUUUCAAUGUUGUUAGAAACGAGACUCUGCGAAACCGAAUGAACGCGGAGUGGGAACAAAUAGCACCCAUCUCCUUCCAACUUCCAAAGGAGAACGCAUCUCUCGUUGCCGACAGACUGAAGGACGCAUACCUUGAGGAGUGGCCGCUGAAGAACGACGACAAAAGCGCCUUCGCCUUGGGGAAGAUAUACGGAGAUGCGAUUGUUGGAUUUAACACGCACAGGAUGGCGAACCUGAUGUGCCGCCACUCGCCGCACAAGGUGUUCUACUACGAGUUUGCAUACAUCGGCAACCACAGCUGGUACGAAGAUAGCGUCACGAUGAAGCCUAGAGGAGCGGCGCACCACGACGACAUGCUGUAUCUAUUCACGCUGAGUUUCCGCUACCCCGCCAUCCCGGCCGACCACAGCCGGGACUCAUUCAUGGUCGACCGCAUGACCACCAUCUGGUACAACUUCGCGAGAUACGGAGACCCGAACCCGCCACCGUCUGAAAACCAACCAGAGCUGACCGUGCACUGGCCCGCCAUGACGCCUGCCGAGCGCAAAUAUUUGCGCGUCGCCGAGCCGCUCAGCGUUCGCGCGCGAAUGUUCGAGGACCGCUUCAAGCUGUGGGACGAACUCUAUCCCUUGGACUAUUAGGGCUUGAGACAAUGAGGGUUUUCGCGUAUGAAAGAUCCACUAGAUGGCGGGACGUGGAUGUGGGGUCUGACUGCUGCGUGAUUGGUGGAUUUUGCAUAUGGGUCAUUCCAUGACAAAUGUUACCGAGGGUGAAAAACUAAAUAUGUUCUUUUCGCAUUAAAUCUGAUGAAUUUUGAAAGUAAACAUUCCAAAUUAUAAUGUGCAACAAAAAAAAUCUGAAAGAAACAAGUAAUUUUUAAGUUAUUAGUCUUCAAAGUCUAUACUUAAGUCAACUGUCUGAAUGAUCAUUUUCUCUCUAAUUAUUGUUAAUACGAUUUAAAAAAACCUAUCAAUCUGUGAAACGUUUUGCCACUACAUGAUUCGAGGGUAUUUAUCAUAGUAUUGGUAGAUAGCGUCAUAGUCCCAAAAAAAUGGAUAAUCAUCAAGUUUAAGUGUGUUUUCUUGUUACUUCGGCGAUGUAACACCCGAAACAGAAAAACAGGUAUUUGUUUUAUUAUUGUACCUUACACAUGGAUUAGAGUAACAAUAUUUGGUAAAAGUAAGGUCAUGGUAGUAAUGAUUUCAAAUACUAACUAAUAUCUGAGCAUGAUACUAAUUUAGUAUGUUUCUUUCUUGAUUAAAAACUGUAACACCCGAAACGUUUCGGGUAUUACAUUUUUAUUUAUAUGUCGAUAAUGUGUGUAUAUUGCUUGGAGAAGUGAAAAAGUAUUACUGUGAGGGUCCUUUGACCUCCCACUAGCGCUGGCAUCGGAAAAGGAGUCAUAUUUCUCAAUUUAAGACUUUUUUGAAAUGUCGACUUAACACUAAAAUUAAGGUAUUGCUAAAAAGUGCCGAUGUUUGACAUUUCCAAUAAAUAUCGUAAUUAGAAAUUAAAGUAAUGCUAUUUCAAGCCAAAAACAAUAGAAAAAGCUAUAUUCUGAGGAAAAAUUAAACUUGAACUUUGUAUAUUUUUAAAAAAAAGCUGCUUCGUAAUUUCAAACCAGAAUUCGCUCUAUUUGUGUUUAUUUGUUGUACUCCUUAUUUUGUAGUACCUAGAGACUAAUAAAACACCGAUUUUAUCGAUAAAACGAGUUGAAUUUUCGUACUCGUAACACCCGAAACAGAACCAUUGUAACACCCGAAACAAAGAAAAAAUUUAUAAAAAAAUAGUUAAACGUUUUAUUUAACAGUGAUUGUAUGUUACAUGGUUUGUAAAUGUCAUACUUUAGAAGUCCUGUAAGUUUUAGGUAUGAUUCCUUAAGAAAAUUCGCUAAAUUUCGAGUAAAUGCAGCAACAGUCAGAACAUAGAGGCAAAAUCUCGUAACGCCCGAAACGCACACUUUUCGACUCGUAUUUUCGUUAUCCUACAUUCUAAGCUGUACAAACUUUAUUAUUAAGAUAAAACAACUAAAAACGGACAGAUUAAGGCACUAACAUUAUUAAAAUACUAUUUCAAAAUACAUGAAAUUGUUGAAUAUGUGUGUACGAACGUAACACCCGAAACGAUGGAAUGACCCCUAUCUAAAUCAUGUCAAAAAUAACCAAUCAUGCAGCAUUUGGACCUUGCGUCUACGUAUUGCCAUCUGGCGGAUUUUUCAUACGUA